AGCGCGCGCCGUCACUCCGGCUGUCUCUUAUUAAGCUAACGACCUGUUUUUCUCUUCGUCUAGUUGUCUUACCGGUGAGGGAUUGGCUUCUCGAGAUCAUAAAAACCAGGAUCCGCUAUUCCUCGAGUCUCAUUCGCUGUUGAGCAAGUUGUUCCGUGCUUUCCGCUAUGCUUAAUCCGUGCUCACUCAGUCGAAAACACCUGUAGAUUUUUUUUUAAAACUGUGUGUUUGCGCGAUCCUCAAGGACCUCGUUAUAUCCGAGCGGAAGAUAACCGUGAUCUGCAGCUCGAGGUCUGUUUCGUGAACUUUUGAUUUUCUUGCUUUGAGGAAUAUAGAGAGGGAGUGUGUCCCAGUGCAGCCUGUAUAGCUACUGAAGUUCACUGUUCUGCAUAAGUUGGACAAAAAGGUAUACAAAUGCUUUCCGUCCAGCCGGACACCAAGCCAAAAGGCUGUGCCGGCUGCAACCGGAAGAUCAAGGACCGCUAUCUGCUGAAGGCCUUGGACAAAUACUGGCACGAGGACUGCCUAAAGUGUGCAUGCUGUGACUGCCGCCUUGGCGAGGUGGGCUCCACGCUGUAUACCAAGGCCAACCUCAUCCUCUGCCGGCGGGACUACCUCCGGUUGUUUGGCGUGACGGGGAACUGUGCAGCCUGCAGCAAGCUCAUCCCAGCCUUCGAGAUGGUUAUGAGAGCCAAGGAGAAUGUCUAUCACCUGGACUGCUUUGCCUGCCAACUCUGUAACCAGAGGUUUUGCGUGGGGGACAAAUUCUUCCUGAAAAACAACAUGAUCCUGUGUCAGACGGACUACGAAGAGGGGCUGAUGAAGGAAGGCUACGCCCCGCAGGUUCGCUGACCCCAAAACAACACUCGCUUGUGAGGAGAGAGCUGCGAGAGGACCUGAAAGGGGACAUGCAGUCAGACACCAAAAGCACUACCAUCCUCUCCAGCCCUUAUCCUUGAUAAUGUACAUAAGAAACGCCCACUAUGGGGCACUGCUGUACAGAAUAGCCAUAGAGACUUGUUGUGAGUGGGGAAGGGGGUUUUGCAAGUCCCCCUAAGCAAAGUGACACUGGUCUUGGAUAUUGCUGUGGCUCUUUUGAAACAACCCCCUUCUUUUCCCCUGCCCCAAGACCCAUGGCCUCAUGGAGACAAUCCACCCUAAGGCCUGACAACUCACACACAUUUACACACACAAAUCUGCAAAAAAAAAACAAAAAAAAAUGCACCACAUUCUUAGACCCCUCACCACUGACCCCUUACUUCACUCUCAGGCUAAGGAUGAUAAUGGAAAAAAGGGAAAACAAUCAUUGCGUGAUGAAAAGGUAUAAAUGUAGUCCUGUCAGCUGGGAGCGAGGGAGCCAUGUCAAUAUAAGACCUCAGGUCGAGGGGGUUUCCUUAUUUCUAUUACUUUUUUCUCUUUUGCUUUUAUGAGAAAAAGCUCAGUCCAGCUGAGCACAACUCAGCUCUUUCUCUCGCCUGUUUCCUAUUGGUACAGCAGACCUGCUGGAAUUGCUACACUGACACAACUUUAUUACUAAGAUUAUUCAUGUUCUGCUUGCUUUGUAUGUAAAACAGCCUCCAGAGAUCAUUGUCAGGACACUGUAGGGAUUCGGCACACAAGUCAGUUUGUUAUAUGGGGUGGGAGGGUGGUGUCGGAUUUACUUCUUUUAUACGAUGUAUUUAUUUGAACCCCUUAUUUUUGUUUGUUUUUGUUGUUCUUGUUGUUGAGCAUCAUACUGAGGCUUUGUCCUUGACAUGUUUAUACUUGAAUUGGAUCACUGUCCAGUUGCUGAGCCUCUUGUCCAGGCUUCACAAGUCCGGCCUCAUUACUGCACACUGACAAACACUUGUGGUAUGUUGAAGAACAAGUCAGCUCACAUAAACCGGAGGUCUGUAACCUCCGAUUUACCGGCUUCGACAUGUUUGUCGAAGUGCAUGUUAACGCUACUGUACCGCAUUUAAGCAGCAUCCAACUGUCACUUCAGUUAACUUCUGAAAGUGAGGGCAAAGCCUCAAGAAAAGACAAACUGAUUUGUAAAUGGUGGUUGUACAUAUUUAAAAAAAAAAAUAAAAGUAUUCUUUUUGGCUUGCUAUUAAAGAAUUUUCUUUUAAGUGACACUCAGCAUGAGAUGUUUAU